CGAGAAUUGCCAUGUGGCAGCACCAAUACCAUUGCUUUUUUUAUUCAAUUCUUCCAUGGAGGAUGGUCGGUUGAAUUCCGGCAUCUCCUUUUCUUACUACGGCUCAACUUCUUCAGCAAGUUCUAUUAUCCUGCUUUCCAUGCUCAAUUUAACCUAGUUUGACACAUAUAUAUAUACAAGUAUUAUAUUAUAUUUAUGCAGGUUCUCUUUUGAGUUAAAUACACAAUUCAGAAGGUGCAGCAGCAGACCAAGAUUUUAUUUUCUUCAUCCACAGUAUGAGUACAAUCAAGCACAAAAACCCAUUGAAGAUGCUUUGAUUUUAUAUGACUGAGGAAAAGCUAAAUCAAGGAAAGAUUUUGUUCGAAAAUUUAUCUGGUAAAGAGAGAAGAUUGAGCAAACCGAGUGGAUAAAAUUCUCUCUUGUUCAUCAGAAUGAGAGACAUAAAAUGAUUGCAACUUCUAAAGAAACCGAUUCUUCCACAAACCAAGAAGGAAAUACAAAUGAUGGAAAAGUAACUAAGGCAUCCUCUAGUUCAUCACCAUGGUUGAGGUUGAAGGAUCCGAGAAUUGUUCGUGUCUCUCGGGCUUUUGGGGGUAAAGAUAGACACAGCAAAGUUUGUACUAUCCGUGGACUAAGGGACAGGCGUGUGAGGCUUUCGGUACCGACUGCUAUUCAAUUGUAUGAUCUUCAAGAUAGGCUAGGACUUAAUCAGCCGAGCAAAGUUGUUGAUUGGUUGCUUAAUGCAGCUAAGCAUGAAAUUGAUGAGCUUCCUCCGCUUCCAGUUCCCCCAGAAAGCUUUGGCCUAAAUCAUCAAGCAAUGCUCCUUUCUCAUCAUGAACUUGGCACUUCCCAAUCGAAUAAAGAAGGAUCCAAAAUGAGCAACAAUGUCAAUUGGGAAGAUCCUGGAGGGUUAAUUCCCAGGUCAAGUUUUUGGAACUCUGAUUCUUUUUGGCGGUCUAAGUCCAAAGAAGCUUUGAAGGAGGACACAACAAGUGAAAAGGAAAAUUGGACGAAAAGAAAUGAAGAGGAAAAAGAAGAAAGCAGUGAAGGUCAUCACGAUCAUGGAGAAGUUUCAACAAACAAUUUCUUAAAUAGAGGCAACCAAAAUUCGUUACCAGGUUUACUCAACAAUAAUGCCGUGCCAUAUGGUUCAUACUACCAUUUCGAACCUUCAAAUUUUCCUGUAUCUCAUUUAGGAAGCCAUGGAUUUACAUCCCAACAAACAGAAGAUCAUCAUCAUCAUCAUCUACACAACUCUCAUGUUGCACCAUUUCUUCCAUCCACACUUUCCCUAUCAUCUGGGUCUCAAAUUUUGGUAUGUCCACCUGGAACAACAACACAGACUUUGUUCCCUUCUCAUGGUGCAGCUUCUGUUGAGAUUGAUCCAAGGCAAUUGAACCAAUUUCAGAUGGUGAACAGUGCAGCUUCACAAAACUUAUUAACAAAUUCAAUGUCCCCACUGCCAUACUCUUUGAACCAAUCAAUGAGACCUUUCCACUUCAAUAUGACACAUAGGUUUCUUCAUUCAGACACCAGCAGAGGAAGUACUCAGGCUGAGAAGGAGCAAGAAUAUCCUCCCAAAUGAUAUGAAAUGCAAGAAUGGUUUGAAAUGAAAAAGAAUUUUUCUGAGAGAGGAAGAAGGGAGGAGGAGGAAGAGGAAACCAAAACGGCCUCUCCUUCAAACUAAUUGAAAAGGCAUUGCAUGCUGGAUUGUGCUAAUUCUGGGCUCAAGAAAGAAAAAGGUAACCCUCAAUUUUUUUUUUUUUACUCAAUGACAUUGGAUUGGCAUCCUACAUUUCCUUAGUGUGGUGCAGAUAUUUGGCUUAAGCUGUGAUGAUCAAAUUAUUAUUUUAUCA